GGGUUUAGGAAUUGAAUAUUGGUGAACUGACAACAAGCUUGUCUAUCCCAGAUAAACAAUAUUUCAUUCCCAGCUACCAAAAAAAAAUUAAAAAAAAAUCCCAGCCGGAACCUCUAACUUGACUUAUGGCCUCAUUCUGGUGCUUCAACAAAAAUGAAAUGAACAAAUAGCGCGUUGAUUAACUGGUACUUAUACUUAGCUCUGCUUCUCCUUCUUUCUUUCUCAUCAAGUCGGAAAUAGAGAGAAAUGAGCUCGUAUUUGCGCAAGAAAUUCCAAAAUGCUUUUGGUAAUGGUUCCUCAACACAGUCCCAGAAUGCCAAAGACGAGAUUCCGUACCCGGCUAACUCGGAUGCUGAAACUGAUUCCUAUGACAACAACGGCAAUAAGGAAACUGAAGAGAUUGAGCGUAGUAAAGUCGGAAUCAUGAGAGCCCUUGUCGAGAAAGAAGAUCCCUCCGCUAAGGGUCUGGAUGAUCAGAUGAUUUGCAGAUUUUUACGAGCUAGAGAUCUAGAUGUCGAAAAGGCUUCUAAUAUGUUCCUCAAGUACCUGAGCUGGAGAAAGGACUUUGUGCCUAAUGGCUGCAUAUCUCCUUCUGAAAUAUCAAAUGAGCUUGCGCACAAUAAGGUGUUUAUGCAAGGACAAGACAAGAUAGGGCGCCCUAUUGUUAUUGCAUUUGGUGGACGACAUAAGCAAGCAAGUGUAGAUGAGUUCCAGCGUUUAGUCACGUACACCCUUGACAAAGUAUGUGCUAGAAUGCCAAAUGAGCAAGAGAAGUUUGUUGCCAUUAGUGACCUGGAAGGAUGGGGAUAUGCCAAUAGCGAUAUUCGUGGAUAUUUAGCUGCUCUUUCAAUAUUGCAGGACUGCUACCCUGAGAGGCUAGGCAAGCUAUUUAUAGUCCAUGUCCCUUACAUAUUUAUGACUGCAUGGAAAGCUAUUUACCCUUUUAUCGACAGCAAAACAAAGAAAAAGAUUAUUUUUGUUGAAAACAAAAAAUUGAGAGCAACUCUUCUACGAGACAUUGAUGAUGACCAACUCGCUGACAUAUAUGGUGGCAAAUUACCAUUAGUUCCUGUUCAUGACUGCUAAAUGCAAUGCCAAACUGAUCUUGCUUGUCCCUUCAGCUUGGGCAUGACAAACUGCCAUAGCAAUGCCCUUAUUCAGGAAUCUAUAAUUGCAGUGGUUUAGUUAUGACUUAAUGCCCUAGGAGCCAUUACAACCGCAUAUUCUCAUUUCUAAAUGAUUCGUGGAUUACUAUAUUGUAUUUUUAUCGUCUUUUAACUGAUUCUCCUAAUUAAAUGCAAACUGUUCAGGAAUGUUAGCCAAA